AAGGGCGAGGGGGGAAGUGAAAACGUAGCAAGGGCUCCUUUUAAUCCGUUGGAGCCAAAGUUUCUCGCUUUUUAUUUUCUCUUUUUCAUUUUUCUGCUUCAAACCCUCAAAUUUCUCUUCUUGCGAUAUCUACAGAGAUCGGCGGCAAUGCUUGGAGCUGUUCUCAGUGAGUAGCAGUAACUCUCCAAUGUCUCAGCAAGCGAUCGGUAACUUCAAUGAGAACAGUUUGAUUUACCAUGGAAGUGUUGUGCCUGCUGGGGACAAAGAGCAUCCUGUAUCAGUAAAGAAAGUGGCUUUGAGGGAGUUGCCUACUACUUCGGUGAACAUCAUGUCAACACCAGCAGAGAACUCUCCAUGUCCUGAAGAGAAAGGAACUACAGCAGAUUUUUCAAAGGCAUCAGUUGGUACCAAGAGGAAGCAACCUGAUUGCCCAUCGAGCCCUUCACCAAAUGCCCACAGAGGGGUAAAUGGACAUCUUGUAUAUGUAAGGAGGAAACUCGAGAAGAACAAUUCGAGCAGUGCAGAUUCACUUAGUUCUUCUAUAUUGUCGAGGAAACAUGACAAUGAUGAAACAAAAGAGCUGAAAUUACCACUGGCCAAGACCCAAUCUCCUGAUUCAGAGAUUACUGCUACAACUCAUGCUCUGAUUGAUACAGAAGGACUGAAUACUCAAGACUCCAAAGCUCCCAAUGAUUCUCAGAGACAGAGCAAUCAAGAUCCAAGUGCUCCAGUUGAUGCUUGGGGAGAUAGCAGCCAAGACUCUGAUGCUCCAGUCGGUUCCCAGAGACUGAACAAUCAAGAGCGCAGAAAGCCAAUUGAUAAUCGAACUCUCAGCAAUCACAACUACAAAGCUCCAUUUGAUCCUCAGAGACCGAGCAAUGAAGACAUUAGAACUCUUGAUCCUCAGAAAUUGAGCAAUCAUGAUUGCAAGGCUCCAGUUGAUUCUCAGGGACCGAGAAAACGAGGCUCCAAUGCUCUAGCUGAUCCUCAUGGACCGAGCAAUCAAUGUAGCAAAGCUCCAGGUGAUCCUCUGAGAUUGAGCAAUCAAGAUCCUAAAGCUCCUCUUGAUCCUCAGAGACCGAGCAAUGAAGACGUCAGAGCUCCACUGGAUCCUCAGAGGUUGAGCAAUCGUGACUGUGAGGCUCCAGUUGAUUCUCAGGGACUAAGAAAACGAGACUCGAAUGCACUAGCUGAUCCUCAUAGACCGAGCAAUCAAUGUGACAAAGCUCUAGGUGAUCCUCAGAGAUUGAGCAAUCAAGAUCCAAAAGCUCUUUUUGAUCCUCAGAGACUAAGCACUCAAAACUUUAAAGCUCCACCUAAUCCUCAGAGAGCUAACAACCAAGAUAAUAGAGCUCCAGCUGAUACUCCGAGACUAAGCAAUCAAAACAUCAAUAUUCAAGCUGAUCCUCAGAGACCGAGCAAUCAAGAUCCCAAACCUUCAGUUUAUCCUCAAAGAACAAGCAAUCAAGAGUGGAAAGAAAGGUAUCUGCAGCUGCAAAUGUUUUUGAAGAACUGCGACCAGUCAAGUCAAGAAGAUUAUAAAAGCAUGCUUCGGUCUUUAACGUCAGCUGAUCGAAGCCGACAUGCCCUUGAGCUGGAGAAAAGGGCAUUAAAUCUGCUACUCGAGGAAGGCAAAGAGCUGCACCGGAUGCAAGUUCUGAACAUAAUAGGUGAAGCGACAUCACAGGAACAUGUAUCGCCCUCUACUCGAACCUCUGCUUCACAGCCUCAUUUCCAAAGAAUGGAAACCAUGCAUAACCCUAAGUCACCAUUUUUAAGAAAUUGGUGGUGAUCUCGGGGACCCUUAUGUCUAUGCAUAACUUAUUGUUAGAGUGCAAGUUGAAUGGGUUGUUGUAACAUUAGUCACAUUGAACAGAAGAGAUUGAAGCAAUUUCUCUAGGCAAUCUUCAAGAGAAGGGAUUGCAAGUAUAGUAGCUUUGUUUACAGUACAAAAGAGGUGUUCCAUUUAGCUUGAAGAUGAUCGGAGACAGUAAUUGUAACUGCUAAUAAGCUCCUGGAUAUGCCAUAAAUUCAAUGUAACGUUUAGCAAGUAUCUUCCAUCUAAAUUGGCUUCUUUCUUUCUCUU